UGGCUGAAACGCUGCAAACAAAUGUCGCAGCAACUCUUUCCCUUUAAGCCUUCAUAAAACGCUACAGCAGGACUGACUGUUGUGAAAAGAAUGCCUCCGACCAGAGACCCUUAUCCUUUCCCGAGGUUUGAAAACGAUGACGACUUCAGGGGCCCAGAAAAUAAAGUCCAGCCAAAACGACACGGAAGACAAUCUCGUUUCGUAAAGCAGGAUGGCCCUUGGAAUCGAGUCCACUUCAAAGAAACCAUAACUGGGAGACAGGCACCAAGAGACAGUUUGGAUAUCCACCUUAGUUCUGUUUACGAUCAUAACAAUGACUUUUUGAAAAAGAAGAAAGAUGUCGUUUAUCAAAAGGAGUCCUGUGUUCCUUAUGGAGGAUGUAAGUUCAUGAAGAAGGCAGGAGUUCGGGAAGAGUAUAACAUUUAUGAUGAAAUCAACCGGGAAAAAUAUCCUGAUGUUGGAUUAAAGUUGGAAACGUCAUCUGUUCAUCUACGGGCAAAAACUCCCCCAAGAUGCUGGGUGGCACCAAGAAGAGAAUCCUUUCAAAGUGUAGAAGGAUCAAUAGGUACUCAGCACACAGCUGCCACCAACAAGGGAUACUCAAGGAAGUUUGACGGAGGAUACUUUUUUUCCUAAACUGCUUGAAGUUUCAGCAACAAGAUCUUACCAAGAUUCCAGUUAAGGCUCAUCACCGCUCAGCUACAGCAUAAGAUACCAUAGUAUAGAGUCAAUUAGAAGCAUCGUUACUAAGUAGAUUCUUAGAAAAUAGGGUCAGAAUAGGGUCUUAAUCAUUAUUGAUGCCACAGGGUAAUAAAUAGUUGCAGUAAUACAAAAUGAUGGUUUUGUACAUUUGUUAUGUUUCGAUUUUUAUUCCAAAUCUGUACAAUUAAUUAUGGGCAGACAGGAUCUUGGUUUAACAUCUCAUCUAAAGGAUGGCACCUCCAACAAUGCAGCAAUCCCCCAGUACUGCACUGGUGUGUCGUCACAUAGGUUAAAGUCUUGGCACUUUACAAAGAUGUGGUGAGAAAGCGAGCAAGGGAGAAGGAGGCGAGGAAGUAGCCGUAUGGGAGAAGUGACCAAGAGGUUGAUUUUAAGGUAGGACUUAAAAACAGAUAGGGAAGGCAGUGGGGGCCUUCGAGUGGGUGAAGGGAUUUAUAAAUGAGGGAAGGAAUACUGAUACUGAACUGUUGGGAAAGAGGGAUUCAUUGGAGUAUGUGAAAGGUGAUAAUAUUAAAUGCAAGGAUUAUUAUUUCAUUAUGACUACAGUAUUAUUAUCUACAGUCUUGCAUCUGUUCAGCAUUUGAGAGCUAUUCUUGUUUCAAGCACUCCGGGACGCUACCCUGUGUAAAGGGCGUUAUAUACAUGCAAGUUGUUGUUGUAGUAAUUACAGGAACUCCGGUGAAUGUUAUUAAAUCAUUCCAUAAGUCAUACCUUGGGGCUGUCUUGCACCCUGAAAUAACUAAGAAAUAAAAAAACUCAAAAGAUAAA